GUUUCGGCAUAGCCCAAAUUGCUGGUACUUGAGAGACUGGACUGUCCACAGCUGGAUCAGACAGUGCUUAAAAUAUGGUGCACAAGACAAAGCCUUGUACACAUUAAAAAAUAAGGUUCAGUAUGGUAUUUUCCCAGAUAAUUUUACAUUCAACAUUCUGUUGGAUUGUUUUAUAAAGCAGCAGAAAUAUGAAGAUGCUAUGUCAAUAGUAACAGAGAUCAUGCUGCAAGAAAGUUUUGAUGAAGUCUCAACACAGCUUCUUUCUCUCUAUGUUUUAUACCAGUACCUGGCAACCAAGUCUGAACGUACG